GAGAGAGAGUGAGAGCGUGAGAGCGCGAGAGUGUGAGUGCAAAUGCGGGCAUAACGGCUUCAAGUGCGUUUACUGUUAGGCCGGCAAAGCUCGUGCGCGAAUGAAAUUGAAUUCGCUGCCAUCAGUCUGCCACAAGCUUGGCUCGCGAGCGGACGCUUUAACUCUACAGCCGAGGCCAGUCGAAACCAGUUUUCUAGCUGUCGCGCCGACUCGUCUCGUCUCGUUUCGUCUCGUCUCGUUCUUGUCGCUGGCUGCGCCUGCGCCUGCGCCAAGUGUUUCGUAAUUUCGACAGCGGCAGCAGCAACAGUUGCUGUCGUCGGCAGAGCGAGCAAUAGUUGUGCCAGUUUCUUUUGUGCAGUUCGGUCGGUUCGCUUUUCAGACGCUUUUCAUUUCGUGCGAAUUUUCGGUUGCCGCGUGUGGAAAUGCUUUUCGCAAUGGCCGCCUGAAGCAUGCAUUGUGAAGUGUUGAAAUUGCAAAUUGCGGCCAAGUGAUGUGCGAUACGCACGGCAGACGAGGACAACAGACGCUGCUACCACGUGAGAUACGAACGACGAGGCAGGAUAAUUAUGAGAUCGCAUGUGGCCGUUUAUCGUGCACCAGAAAACACAAACGGUUGCCAGUUCGCUAGAUACGCGCUCCACGGGCCACCGGCGCCACCACAUCCCUUGCAGCCGCCGGCCAUUUGGAAUGCCGCGCCGCCCACAGCCCCAAACUCCUGCUACAAUCUGCGCGCCCAGCUGCAUCAUGGACUAUACCAUGCAGCAGCAGGAGCUCCACCACAACAACAACAGCUGCUGGUCAAUCAGCAGCGGAUCAACGAAUGCGCCGGAAUACCGCUCAUCUCGAAUGCGUGCAGCCACUUGACCCCGGCGCAGCGUCAUCGGCUGCUGCGCAAAUCGGGCAAGCCCUGGCCAGCCGCUGGCGCGCACUCCAUGUCCCAGCUGGCGGCGCAUGCGCAGGGCCAGCCGCUGCUGCAGAACGGAAACAAACAACAUCAUGCCCAGCUGCAGCAGCAGCAGCAACAGUACUCGCCGCAAUCCUGGCCAGCGCACGCCUCCAGCUAUCAGCCCAUGCGCAUAAAUAACUUUCAAUUGACGGACAAAUCACGCACGCUGCGCUAUCAGAACUCGGCGCCGGCGGUGCUCAGCGCCCAGGAGCAGCAGCAGCAGCAGCAGAAACUGAACAGCAGCAGCAAUAACAACAACAACAACAACUGUGCUGGCCAGGAGCCGGCAUCGUCUGCGGCGGACACCUGUCUGCCGCGCAUCAUUAAGCCGAGGAAGCGCCGCAAAAAGGAUCGCAAGCCGGCCAACGGAGUGCUGCUCAAAAUGGAUGCGGAUUUGCAGCCAAAGCUGCAGCAGCAUCAGCACGCAUCCAAUACGGCCAACUAUGCCCAGCUGCUGCCCCUGGCCGGAGGCAGUGGGGGGAUGCAGCAUGAUCACAGCCAUGGCGUAUGCUUUUGUCGCGACUGCGAUCCGCUGCGCUCGCUGUGGGAUUACCCGCUGCGCCGAUCGCUCUCAGAUGCCAGCUCCAGCGGGCAGGGGGGCGCCAGCAACUCGUCGAGCAACUCGUCCACGUCCACGCACUCGGACAACUCGUCGUGCGCCAGCUCGAUCUGCUCGCGGAGCGUGCCCAACAAUUUCGAUGAGACGGAACAACACUUUGCGCCCAUCACCGGCGACAGCUGUCGCGCCGAAAUUGUGGGCGUCAUCGGAUCGCAGCGCAGUCACGCCCACGCAGCAGCAGCCCCAGCAACAACAGCUCCAGCUGCAACUGCAGCUCCAGCUUUGUAUUUGAGCGACUCGAGCGAUAGCUCAGGCUAUGGCGACAUCCUGAGCGGCAUGAACAUUGCCAACGAUCUGUUUGCCAGCUGCUUUGGCCAUGGAGCCGCUGCCAACGCAGCCGAGACGCUGCUCGACGAGAGCAUCAACGAGAUUUCGCGCAAGCUGAUCGAGACGUGCGCCGUUAACGAGCUGCCACCAAAUGAGGCAACCGCCGACGGCGGCGGCUCGAGUUGCGCCGGCGACAGCGACAGCUGCUCGGCGUCAGCCAGCGACAGCGGCUUGGAUAGCGCGGGCAGCUAUAACUCCGAGGCGCUUGUCUUCAAUUUUGAGCAUUUGAAUCUGAUGGAUGCGAGUUUUGUGACGCCCACAGCUCUGGACUGCAACAACAACAACAACAAUGCUGAUCGCAAGCAACAAUUUUAUAACAAUUGCUUCGACUUGGUUUGGCGCAACAACAACAACAACAGCAACAACGACUGCAAAGGCGGCGGCGACAGCAGCGCCACGCCCACAACUCUAAUACUGGGCACGGUUGGAAAAUUGAAGCCAGCAUUUUCCACCAUCUCGUGACGAUAAACUAAGCGCACACACACAUCAACGAAAUCCAAACCAAAACUGAAGCCCACGAAAUUUCCAGUUAAUUGCCAAACCCUUUUUUUCCAUGUGGGCGUGUGCGUUGCAUAACCAAAAACCGUUAACCCACAAAUUAAGCGAAUUGUCAGCUGAAGAGAAAUUGAAUGGCAAAAGAAACGAAAAGAGCACGAGACAUUGAAAUUAAUGCGCCAUGGGCGCAACAACAACAACAACAACAGCAGCAAUUGACAGAAGACGCCUGCGCUGCAAACUUUGUACAUCUAUAUGUGUGUA